CACAGUCUAAAUUGAAUGGGCCAUGUUGCAGCGAUAUCUCUUAAACAUUCGACUCGGACGUUGAUGGCCGAUGCAAUGAGCUCUGCCUCUGAUGGUUCUAUGUCGUCAUGCUGGACACUUGUCCUCCACAAGUCCAUCAUCAAAGUGGAUGUCCGAGAACCCGAUGUCCAAAACCUUCUGACUUUAUGGCUUUGAACAUCAUUAUGAACCCGGGGUUUUACAUAUCUAAGGCCGUGAUAGCGGCUGUUCAUUUCCAAACUCAUUCCUUUUCAUGGUACUGAGCUGGACUCUUCAUCAAAAUGUCCUCGAUACAAUAGCGAGAGGCUAGUAUAAUGGCAAGAGAAAUGUUUUCAUUUUCGAUAGUCACUUAUUCCGUGUUAUGGUUCUAGUUUCAUCUAGUUGAUGUUACCGUGGACAGACAAUCUGAGCGCAUAAGGAAAGAACGAACAACGGACCUCAGUUCCAAACUCAAGUAUUGACUCACUCGCAUCGUCAACGUCAAUCUUACCUUCAUGUCAGUUCUCUUUCCUUUCCCCCGAAAGACAAGCACCAAAACUUCAUCCUACCCAAUAAAAUCAGACACCCCUUGAACUGUACGAGGAACAUUAGCCAUUGGAUUUUCUGUCUAGUUUACCACACAUGUCACAAGAUGUCGACAGAUAUCGAGAAUGCGUAUGACAAGGUUGAACUGGUCUUCGAUUCAGAGCCUCUCCUUCCAAAGUCUGGGCAAGCCUCCUCGAGAAGUGUCCGGCCUCUUAGGCGGUCACUGGAGAUGAUUGAGCUUGAUGAUAUACCUCCAAUAAUCAAGUCAGCGAAUGGUAACAUAUUUUGGGCGGACGAGCAAUGCACGAGACGUGUGGGUUUGACUUCGACAGAAGCUCCGCUUUUUCUCAAGCUACUCCAGACCGAUCAGCCCGAGAACUGCAACUACGACGAGUACAAGCACAUGUUCGACGACUUUGGAAAGGAACAGAAACGAUUGCAGGAUCUGGUUAAGGCACUGCCCUGGUGGAAUUGGACUACGUAUCGACAGAAAGCCAUAUGGAAGGCUAGGAUUGAAUGGCUGAAGCGGAUGGAAGAACCAAGACUCUGGCUACUUUACUUGAUGGCGAGAAGAAAAAGAAUCUUGAAGAAAGCAUCGACAAAAGUCUUGGAAGCGCUCAGAGAGAAGAGACGAGUCAAGCUCGCAAACACGCCUCAGCGUGGUCAGACACCGCAGACACAUGAUAACACCCAAUUAAUUGCGCUUGACGACAUGUCCUCGAAAAGAGCAGAGACAUGCUUUGAUACUCCACCACCUCAAUCUCAACAUCCCGGAUUUGUCGCCGAGGUUACUCAGACAUCAGAAACAAAACUGAACAUCGCUGCCCGAAUUCGAAGUAGCCUCAGCAUGUCCAAAUGUCGGGAAAGCCACUCUCGAUCUUCUACAGGACAGUGUCCUGUCUUUCAUAAGCGAGUUGAGGCUACUCGAGAGGAUAUUAAGCGACAAGUUGAGAGCAUCAUGCCUGUCCCAAGACCAUAUAUCGUCAUUAGAUGGUUCCUACGCUCGACCAGUGACCCAAAGGAACGUAUCUUGCAAUUUGACAAUCCAACAGAAUUAUUCCAAGUACUUAGGCAUGGCGAGAGCGAUGUAAGAGAAUGGAGAAGAUUCUUGUCCCUGAAAAGUUUGCGUGGAUUUGGACUGUAUAAAUGCGAUAUUUCACGAGGAGCUCACAUUCCUCUGGCUCUCAACGCUUCGCAAGAAGCAGUACUUUCACAACUAUUCCUCGCCUACAAAGCAUCCCGUCAUCAUGCAGAUCCCGAUGUUGCACAAGCCUGGGAGGGAUGGGUUCGAAAGAAUCUGAAUGACAACAAGGAGAAUCCACUGGAAGGUCGUUAUUCUCUUCGUCUCAUUUAUGACUGGUCAAGCCAUCGUCUGAGUACUGUUGUCGCUAUCCCAAUCUUCCUCUCUUUGGCGAUUGGGUUCUGGUUCAUGCAAUACCAUGGAGAUGUUGUUGCCGCAUGGACGCUUUCGCUCUAUAUUGUGACUGCAGCAGCUGCACUCAUUGCUUUAAUGGCUAUCAUCGGAAGUUUGAAGGAUGUUUGAGAAAAAGCACUCUGGCGGAUUCACGAUACAAGUAUAUCUACUGUGUGGUUACCAGUCAACGUAUAAAUGGUUUGUUGGACGCUGGGAAGACAUAUAUAUGAGGGCUCUUACAUCAAUUGCUUUGAGUUAUGUACCGAGAGUAGAUGAUAACAUAAGAAGUUAGCAGCUGCUACCUCACUUCAUCUCCAAACGACUUCAAGUGUCUUGGAACAUGCCCCAUACACGAGCUACAUCAAUAAGAUUGUGGUCUAGUACCUUGUCAAAUUAUCGCUCGUCAUUAUACCUGUACCGAU